CACACCACAGAGGGUCCUCUUCCAGAGCCUACAAGCCCUGAGCCUGUGACCCCGCAACCACCCCCCGAGCCUCCCCUACAACCACCGACCGUGGAGCCACCAAGUACAGCUGCACUGCCAAGCACUUCAGCAACCGACCCUUACCUCAUUCCAGCUUCUGUCAAAACUACUUCACAAACUUAUUUAGUUGGGACGCAACAUCCGCUUAUUAAGUUUGGUAUGCCAGGUUUACCCCCAGGGUUUGUGGAGGAACUUUUAAUAUCCGAAAGUGAAGAUACAGUUAUUCUCCUUCUUGAGGAGCUGGCUCUAGCCAUGCCGACUGUUUAUGGUCGGGUAGGUCCACCGGGGGAGCCUGGUCCACCGGGUGAAGAAGGACCACCUGGUGAAGAGGGACCAAAAGGAACCAAGGGUAUCAAAGGAAUGAUGGUUCCAGCGUAUCCGGGUUUCCGUGGUCCAAGAGGCCCCCCUGGUCUCCCUGGGAGGAAAGGAGAUGAAGGGCCACCGGGUGUGGAAGGUUACCCGGGUGCAAAGGGUGGCAUGGGGCGACGUGGUCUCCCUGGAAUGCAAGGACCAAGGGGUAAAAGGGGUCAACGUGGGUUACCGGGUCAGCGUGGAGAUAUGGGUGAACGAGGAGAAGAUGGAAGAGAUGGAGUGAAGGGUACACCGGGGAUCCUGGGGUCAAUCGGUGCCAAUGGUCAGCGGGGACUACUUGGGCAGACAGGUGCUAUGGGAGACCCAGGUCAAAGAGGUCAGACAGGUACACCAGGAAUGCCAGGGUUUCCAGGCUUCAUUGGACAUCCUGGACCUGAAGGGGAAGCAGGGGAACCAGGUGAGGGUUCAGAACCUGGACCGUCUGGACCGAAAGGGGGCAAAGGAGAACCGGGACCGCCAGGGUUCACUGGGUAUCCGGGAAUGGAUGGCGACCCAGGGGAUGAGGGAAGAAAUGGUUCGUUUGGUUUGCCUGGUGGAACAGGCACACAGGGCCCAGUCGGCAGACGGGGUGAGCAAGGGCCACCAGGAGAGCCUGGACCCAAGGGCAGGAACGGCAGCCAGGGUUACCAAGGGGCCAGGGGUAGGAUCGGACUUUCUGGAGACACAGGCAGACCAGGAGCAACUGGACCUAAAGGGCUAUUGGGUCGAGAUGGUCCUGAAGGCGCUCCUGGUGAGUCUGGAUUAGAGGGGUAUGAAGGUGACCGCGGCGAGAAGGGUAUAGUCGGACCAACAGGUCCUCAAGGACAACGGGGUGAAUCAGGAUUGGAUGGUGACAAUGGUAUACCUGGAGUAAAAGGAGAAAAGGGUGAUCUUGGACCUAAUGGAUUUGCAGGGUAUCCCGGUUACCGUGGUAACAGGGGUCUGCCAGGUAUUGACGGCAUACCUGGAAAUAUGGGUGAUGUGGGAGAUCCUGGUCCCAUUGGUGCACCUGGUAACAACGGUACUGAAGUAAAAGGUCCUCAAGGUUUUGCAGGUCCAGUGGGUCCCCCUGGACCGCCUGGUUUACCUGGUUAUUCAGGUACACCGGGGUCGAGGGGACCAACAGGACCUGCUGGGGAAGCAGGUGUGACUGGUGUUCACGGUAUAAACGGAACAAAAGGAAGGGUGGGAAAAAAGGGUGAAGUUGGAUACGAAGGUCUAGCCGGUCAGCUCGGUGAAAGAGGUGAACCUGGUAAGCCAGGUCUGAAGGGUGAGCCAGGAGAACCUGGUCUUGCAGGAUCGCCAGCUUCAGAUGGUUACAGAGGGGAUGAAGGGAUGAUCGGGGAGGAUGGUGAGAUGGGACCAAGAGGAGCUGAUGGACCCCCGGGUGUUAAAGGACCAACUGGAGUGGCUGGAGAUCCGGGCAAGAGGGGGCCACCGGGUGAUCCUGGCGGAAAAGGCGAACCAGGAGAGGGUGGCAAAAGAGGAAUGAGGGGUGACGCAGGCAGGCCAGGGCCUCUAGGGAAGAGGGGUGAUAAAGGACCCAAAGGAGAGUUUGGAGGAGGUGGCGGACUUGGUUUACUUGGAAGAGCAGGACGGCGGGGCCAGUUUGGCAUACGAGGUAUCUAUGGCACCAAGGGUGAGAAAGGAGAGACUGGUGAGCUUGGAGAGACGGGUGACAGAGGACCCAUGGGUGAACGAGGUAUCACCGGAAUGCAAGGUCCACAGGGACAGUUAGGGGUCCCUGGGGUAAGGGGACCACCAGGCCCCAAGGGGGUACAGGGACCCCAGGGACCACAGUUUAGUGGCCUCGGCGAGAAGGGUAGGAAAGGUAUAGAAGGUGUGACGGGAGUACAGGGACCACAGGGUGUGCCGGGUGAUAUGGGUCCCCCUGGGCGGAUUGGUACUAAAGGCGACAUGGGUAUCGAAGGGGACAUGGGUCCCCCUGGAGACAAGGGAACGGUAGGACCUAAAGGAAAUGAGGGACUUCCAGGCCGAAAUGGAUCCAAAGGCUUCAGUGGAUUAGAAGGAACCAAGGGUAGCAAAGGCGUACAGGGUGAAUAUGGCAGAGGUGGCUUUUCUGGUGCUCCGGGCAUUCGAGGUACACCCGGGGAGAAGGGUGAGGAUGGGGCACUUGGUCCACACGCCCCACCGGGCUUCCCAGGCUACUUUGGUACCCAAGGACUUAAAGGAAGAGUGGGACUGCGAGGACGGAAAGGUCGAGGUGGUGUCAAAGGGACACCAGGGGUGCAGGGACGACCAGGACCUGAAGGAGAUAAAGGAAGAAAAGGAUCCAGAGGCCCACUAGGCCGAGAGGGUUACAAAGGAGGUUUAGGGGAACCAGGCUACACUUAUCCCGGUGAGGAAGGUAUCGAUGGAGUCAACGGACAAAGAGGAUUGAAAGGAGAAAAGGGCAACAGAGGGCCACAGGGUCCCGUUGGUCCACUAGGAAGGGCAGGCUACAUUACCAGAGGGGCAAGUGGUCCAAUUGGACUUCCUGGAGAAAGGGGACCAAAGGGUGAAAAAGGGCCAGCUGGUGAGCCUGGAAUACCAGCCAAGCCUGGGGAGACGUUAGUCGAAGGACCACCUGGGCCCCCAGGACCUCGUGGCCCACCGGGACCUCCAGGUAAACCAGGGAAACAAAAGGGAGAGAAAGGUGAUAAGGGUCCAAAAGGUGAAGCUCCACAAGGCGCCAAGGGUAAACGGGGCAAGAAAGGCACACCAAAUGACCCACCAGUGAGGGGUCCAAAAGGACCAAAGCAAGGCGCCAAGGGUAAACGGGGCAAGAAAGGCACACCAAAUGACCCACCAGUGAGGGGUCCAAAAGGACCAAAGGGAGAUCCAACACCUGGAAAUGCUGGUGAUCCAGGUGAUCCUGGCCCAACAGGGAACCCUGGUGGACGGGGGCCAAAAGGUUAUAAAGGAAACCCAGGUACUAAGGGCGUCAGGGGUCAACCGGGACCCCCAGGUCCUCCAGGACCCCCGGCAGGUUCACCCCCAGCUGUGAGUCCAACACGAGCCACAUCCUCAACGGCGCUUCCACCAACUACGCCCGUCCCAAUAGUUCCAGAUCUUAUGAAGAAAACUGGUACGAAGGCCAAUCCAGCUGCCAAUUGUAAAGACUUAAAAGCAGAUUUUCCAGAUUAUCCUGACGGUCAGUACUGGCUGGACCCUAAUGAAGGUUCAGAUGGAGAUAAAUUCCAAGCACAGUGUGAUUUUACCGGCGGUGGUAGGACUUGCGUCGCCCCUGCUACUGAAACAAUUGAAACAAAAGCAUGGCCCAAAAGCGAGGGUUGGUUUAGUACAUGGGCUGAUGGCGUCAGGAUACGGUAUACAGCAAACAGGGUCCAAUUCAGGUUUUUACAAUUAAGAAGUAAAAAGGCAACACAGCAAAUAACCUAUAAAUGUCAACGAAGUGUAGCCUAUUUUCAUCAAAAGGGCAAUCACCAUGAUAAGGCAGCCGAAUUCAAGGCUCAUAAUGAUGAGGUCAUAACACACGGAAGUCCCAUAAUGCAAGUUACAGCAGACGGAUGCCAGACUGCACCUAAGAAGGUCAAAGAAACCGUGUUUGAGUUAUCAACCAGGGAGGUGGAGCAGCUCCCCAUCAUGGAUGUGAUUCCCAAAGGUUACAACAGCAACACUGGGCAAAAAUUUGGUUUAGAGAUCGGUCCUGUGUGUUUUCUAUGAGGUCAAGUGGUUCGUAGUUCACUCUUUUUUUUACCAAAAAAAUACCCACAUUCAGAUGAUGUUUUUGUUACUAUUAUCACAAUUUAAGGCCCUGCCACACAGGGUAAUUUUUGCAGGCAUUGUGAAGGCAACCACUGUACAGCUGUAUGCAAACAGAAUUUUUUGGCAGCACAAUAGAUGUUCUUCUGGCUGUAACUCUUUACCCCCAGGAAAAAAUGAAAUGUGAAUGAAUUUUUCUUCUUAGAGAUUUCCUGGAUUGGUUGCCUUUAAAUUGCCCCAUGCGACAUAGCCUUAAAGUUGGUGAAUAACAGAAACAUGGCAAGUUGGAAUUUAGUUUAUAUCUUUGUCAUGUGGUUGAAGAAUCAAUAGGAACCUUAGGUGGGAUUCGAACACACGAUGUCUUCUUUAUAUGAAAUAAGUGCUGAAUGUCUGUGAUCGGCAGUCUAUAGAAAUUUAUCUAAAUUUUCAUUAUUCUGAAAUGCACCUUUGAAUCAGAAUUUUUGAAUAAUCAAAUCGUACAGGGUUUGAAACUUGGUUUCUAUUAUACAUAGGUCUACAGGGGCCGAUUUCAUAUUGCUGGUAAGCAGAAAAUUUUGCUGAAGAUUUUUAUUUUCUAAGCAAAUGAGUGGGCACCAGUCAAACAACAAGGUAAACCUAAUGUAAUUUUGGCGGGUAAUCUAUUUCUAUUAAGCAAUACUUUUCUGUGCUUAGCAGGUUUUAUGAAAUUGAGCCCAGGUCUCCUCCAUUUGGAAAAUAUAUUGGAAUUCCAGUUCGUCAAUGUCCAUAUUUUGAUCUCAACUUUGGUGCACAGAGCAGAAAGGAAAAACUCACAUGGUAGAGAGUGAACCCUUUUAAAGUAUAUAUUUAUGAGAACUCGGUGUUUGUAAGAAAUUAUUAUUAUUUUUUUUUUAAAGGAGGUCAUAGUUAUAGCGGAAAUAAACCGUAACCAGUAAAUCUGUAGCUUUCCUUAUGCACACCCAACAUAUUGACAACUGGCUGGUCUGGUUUCAGCCAUUUCUGUAGUCUGUUUGACCUGAUAGUACCAUAUGCAAAUAGAUGGCCUGUGCUUGUUUUUGUUUCCCCUCCAUUUGGAUUUCAUCUGCAAAGGCCCUUUGCGAAACCACAGCUUCAGCUCCAGAUUCAACUCAGGCUAGCUUGGCGCUCACUGUCGCUUCAGACCAGUGAACAGAGCCUGAAGCUGUAUCCAAAGCCAAAACCGUGGAUUCGUAAAGGGCCAAUGUUGUGGAAAGGUUUAGGUGGUGCUUGAUAUGCAAAUUAGUAGUGACAUCAUAUAAAAGGCAUAUAGUUGGCUAAUAUUGAAAUUGACCUAAUGUUAUAAUCAUUGAGAUUAAGUAGUUUAACUCUUACAAAGUAUUCAGGCACUUGAACUGCACAGUUUUGUCUUCCUUUGUUUUGAUCUCUGUUUCAAGUUGCGCACAAUGUCUUAAACAAAGUCUAUAAAACAAUUGUGUUUCUCCUUGUGAAAGUGGUGAAUCAAAUAUAGGGUUUCAAAAACAUUCCUUAUUGAUAAAUCAGGUAUUACUACUGCUAAUUCUUGCCAGAUUAUACGCACUAGUUUUUAACAUUUUCCCUACCAAAAAAAGCAGUUGUAACAUAAAUACAUAUUCUACAGAAAAUUUACCGUCAACAGUUAAGAAUAAUUGACACUUUCUUCACCAUUUUGUUAAUCAUUUAAUCAUUAAGUGCUAAGCCCAGUUGUUAUUGCUAUUUUGUUAUGCUUAGUAUGUCUAGUUGAUCUAUUGUCAGGUAUAAAUUAAAGACAUAUACAUUUUCAUAUUGAAAUUGCAAAGAUCAUUGUACAGCGGAAUGUAUGUGGGUUUUUGUAUGAAAUAGUGUAGCAGCUGUAGUGGAGGGAAAGUUAUGCAAAUGUGCUCAUUUGAAUAUUUACAUUAAACAUGCGUUCAGUCGUACGCUUAUUUUUAUAUGCAAAAUGACAGAAAAAUUUCAAGGAUUUCAUUGGUACGCAUCUUUGCACCAUUCCAAUUUAAAUAACAUGUUUUUAUAUAUGGUAUUACAAAGCCAUAUCUGCCAGACACCUGGGCACAAUUUCAUAGAGUUGCUCAAGUACAACAAGGAGCUAAGCACAAACACAUUCUGUAAGUUAAAUAGCAGUACUGACCAAAAUACCAUUUAACAUGUUCCAUUUGUGACUGGUAUCUGGCUCAUUUCUGCUUAGCAGACAUUUUGUGUUAAGCAAUAUUUUCUGCUUAUUAGCAGCUCUAUGAAAUUUAACCUUGAUGUUUUAUAAUGCAAUGAUGUGUUGACUUCAUCUGUGUCGUCUUCUAUACAAACCAUAGAAAUAUAUAUAAGAACUAGAGGGCGCACGAGUGAUGCUUCAUGCACAAACGCCACGGGACCGCAAGAUGACAAGCG